CAGAGGAGUGAUUGGGUUUCAGAUAGCCCGAAUUAUGUCACGGAUACAAGUUCUCUUGGACCGAUCUAAUUCUACCAAGUAGCUAGGGUUCUAGAGCUAGUUACAAUACUUGAAGAAAAAGAUGAUGCCUGAUCCACGGGACGCGCGAGCUACUUAUGGGCAGGAAAUGACCCACGGCAGUUAACUGAAGCGCAGCGAGCAAGCUUCAGUUAACUGUCAAAUUUGUCGGACGGUAAACAGAGGAGCUGAGCGUCGACGUGAGCCGUUCGCUGAUCUGGUGGGCUUCAAUCGUAGCCGUCCAUCGAAUUGUUCUCUUCCUGCGCCGUUUCUUCAAUCCGUGUCUCGCUGUCAAAUUUCUUCAGUUAUCUUCAGGUUCAGAUUAGCAGGGUCCUGAGCCUGACACCGAGUCCUCCUCGAUCGACCGUCUCCUACCUGGACUGGACUCUCGUUCACUCCCCAUGGCCGGAGAAGAUCCACUCCGCCGGGACGCCGGAUUCCUCCUCCCUUUCAACUCGGACUAUACAACUCCGACACAAACCCCCUACUCCAGGAACACGGGGCAAGAUGCUAUAAAGGGUCAGCCGAUCCCCUCAACUUCCUCCUCACAUCGCAGCGCGAGACCAAGGAUCCAAGGAUCGUUUACCCACUUUCCCAAAGAAAACAAUCGAAUCGAAUCGACUCAAACGCACGUCCCAUCCCAUGGCGAGCCAGGGCGACGCGAGCGGGAAAAAGGACUACUCCACGGCGAUCCUGGAGAGGAAGAAGUCGCCGAACCGGCUGGUGGUCGACGAGGCGACCAACGACGAGAACUCCACCGUCGCCCUGCACCCGGACACCAUGGACAGCCUCGAGCUCUUCCACGGCGACAUCGUCCUGCUUAAGGGCAAGAAGCGGAAGGACACGGUCUGCAUUCUGCUUCCAGACGACACCUGCGACAAGACCAAGGUCCGGAUGAACAAGGUCGUCCGGAAGAACCUGAGGGUCCGGCUGGGCGACGUCGUCUCCGUCCAUCAGUGCCCGGACGUCAAAUACGGGAAGCGUGUCCACGUACUCCCCGUCGACGACACCGUCGAAGGGAUCGCCGGAAACCUGUUCGAAGCCUUCCUGAGACCCUACUUCCUCGAGGCCUAUCGUCCUCUCAGGAAAGGAGACCUGUUCCUGGUGAGAGGCGGCAUGACGAGCGUGGAGUUCAAGGUUGUGGAGACCGACCCCGCGGAGUACUGCAUCGUCGCCUCUGACACGGAGAUAUUCUGUGACGGCGAGCCUGUCAAGCGGGAGGACGAGGAGAGGCUCGACGACGUCGGCUACGACGAUGUCGGCGGAGUCAGGAAGCAGAUGGCCCAGAUCAGAGAGCUGGUUGAGCUCCCACUGCGCCACCCCCAGCUGUUCAAGUGCAUCGGUGUGAAGCCUCCAAAGGGCAUCCUGCUGUAUGGGCCACCUGGGACCGGCAAGACCCUCAUUGCCAGAGCUGUGGCUAAUGAAACAGGCGCCUUCUUCUUCCUGAUCAAUGGCCCGGAGAUCAUGUCGAAGAUGGCCGGAGAGAGCGAGAGCAACCUCAGGAAGGCGUUUGAAGAGGCCGAGAAGAAUGCGCCGGCCAUCAUCUUCAUCGAUGAGAUCGAUUCCAUAGCACCAAAGAGAGACAAGACCAACGGAGAGGUCGAAAGGCGUAUCGUUUCGCAGCUGCUCACUCUCAUGGAUGGGCUUAAGUCCCGUGCACAUGUUAUUGUCAUGGGCGCUACCAACCGCCCAAACAGCAUCGACCCUGCUCUCAGAAGGUUUGGGAGGUUUGACCGGGAGAUCGACAUUGGAGUCCCCGAUGAAGUUGGGCGGCUUGAGGUUCUUCGGAUUCACACCAAAAACAUGAAGCUAGCUGAAGAUGUUGAACUGGAGCAUGUCUCGAGGGACACUCAUGGGUAUGUCGGCGCUGAUCUCGCCGCCCUUUGUACCGAGGCUGCUCUCCAGUGCAUUCGCGAGAAGAUGGAUGUUAUCGACCUCGAGGAUGACACCAUUGAUGCGGAGAUACUGAAUUCUAUGGCUGUCACCAACGACCAUUUCAAGAUUGCACUAGGGACAAGCAACCCUUCCGCCCUUCGUGAAACUGUCGUGGAAGUUCCAAAUGUCUCUUGGGAAGAUAUUGGCGGUCUGGAGGGUGUCAAAAGGGACCUGCAGGAGACCGUCCAGUAUCCGGUGGAGUACCCAGAGAAGUUUGAGAAGUUUGGCAUGUCUCCCUCCAAAGGUGUUCUGUUCUACGGCCCUCCGGGCUGUGGCAAGACCUUGUUGGCCAAGGCGAUUGCUAAUGAGUGCCAGGCUAACUUCAUCAGCAUCAAAGGACCGGAGCUGCUUACCAUGUGGUUUGGUGAGAGCGAGGCCAAUGUGCGUGAGAUUUUCGACAAGGCCAGGGGGUCGGCACCAUGUGUCCUCUUCUUCGAUGAGCUCGACUCGAUUGCCACCCAGAGAGGAAACAGUGUAGGCGAUGCCGGAGGUGCCGCUGAUAGGGUGCUGAACCAGCUUCUCACCGAGAUGGACGGAAUGAAUGCCAAGAAAACCGUGUUCAUCAUCGGCGCCACCAACAGGCCAGACAUCAUAGACCCUGCCUUGCUUAGGCCGGGGCGCCUUGAUCAGCUUAUCUACAUUCCUCUGCCUGACGUUGAAUCCAGGCUCCAGAUCUUCAGGGCCUGCCUUAGGAAGUCUCCUGUGGCCAAGGACGUCGACCUGAAUGCGCUCGCCAAAUACACGCAAGGGUUCAGCGGCGCAGACAUCACGGAAAUCUGCCAGCGUGCGUGCAAAUACGCCAUCAGAGAGAACAUUGAGAAGGACAUGGAAAAGGAGAGGCGGCUGAAGGAAAACCCUGAAGCCAUGGAGGAAGACGAGGUGGACGAGAUCAAGGCUGCUCACUUCGAGGAGAGCAUGAGAUAUGCACGCCGGAGUGUGAGCGACGCUGAUAUUCGCAAAUACCAGGCCUUUGCUCAGACGCUGCAGCAGUCCCGCGGUUUCGGCAGUGAGUUCCGGUUCGCUGAUCAGCCAGCAACAGGCACUACCGCCGUGACAGAUCCUUUCGCAUCCUCUGCCACGGCAGCUGAAGAAGAUGAUUUGUAUAGUUAAAUUGUCUGUUGUGUUUUGUACUUACUGUAUUAUAUUAGGAGUAUGCAUCUAUAAGACAUAGGAAGAUCAUGUAAUCAUAUUUUUAAGUGCAGUGUUGUGAUAUAUAUAAUGAAGAUUGUAUCCUCCAAAUGAAAGAAAAAAAACAUUUUUCUCCUAUUCCAGUCUGCGUGGCAAGUAUAUAUCCAUUGGCCUGUGGUACAAUUCUCUUGUUCUCUACAGGCAGGCCGCAUCAAGGGUAUUAGCAAUUUAGCAUUAUAUGUGAUGCUAUUUCUUCUUCUUUUAAAUGUACUAGUUCAG